AUGCUCCCAGUCUUGGACGUGACGAAACACGUGAGAGAUCACCCUGGCGGGGCUGACGUCCUCCUUGAUGUUGCCGGGAAUGAUGCAACGGUGGCAUAUGAUGAAGUUGGACAUUCUGAAGAUGCAGAUGAGCUUCUAAAGGCGUACGUGGUCGGUACCGCCAAAGAUGCUCAGGAGAUUAGUCGUGCCAAGGCUGUACGACUGGUUCAGAAUGUGGCUGAAAACCCAAGGCCAACUUCAAGCGCAUCUGUUCGUUUUGGCACAACUACUGUCACGGUCGGCUCGAUUACUGCAGCCCUCUCCCUGUUGAUUGCGUCACAAGGCCGUCUUGGCCUGCCCGACGUGUUGUCAAGGUUCGGUCCACUCUCUCAGCUGCAAUCAAGAUGGAUCUCAACUGUCCACAUACCGCAAGGAGGCUUUUCAAACGGCUUCAUCGCUGCUACUUUCUUUUGCGCAGCCAUCGGUGGCAUGAUUGGACUUCGGCUUUCCAAUCUGACUCAAAUAGAAUCGGGUUUCGAAAAAUACCCUCCACACAUCAAGAGUAGACCGUUGGCUAAGGCAAACCCCCAUCUUUCCAAAGGCUUCCUAGAGCCCAAGGAAUACAAGUCUCUCCGUCUCAUCAAGAAAGAAGUCUUGUCGCCGAAUGUGUAUCUUUUCGUUUUCCAGCUGCCUGGCCCCCAAGACGUUAUCGGUCUACCUAUUGGUCAACAUGUCGCCAUCAAAGCCAACGUUGGCGGAUCAGACAUCUCGAGGUCAUACACUCCGACGUCAAACAACACUGAUAUAGGCAGACUGGAAUUAGUCAUUAAAUGUUAUCCUGACGGGGCGCUCACCGGAAAGUAUCUCCAGCAUCUUCAACUUGGCGACAGCGUCCUUUUCCGUGGGCCAAAGGGGGCCAUGAAAUAUACCAAGGGCCUCUGCAAAGAAAUAGGAAUGAUCGCUGGCGGAACUGGAAUCACUCCCAUGUACCAGCUUAUCCGAGCAAUCUGCGAGGAUGAUUCUGAUACAACCCAAAUUAGCUUAAUGUACGCUAAUCGCACGGAAGAGGAUAUCCUUUUACGCAAGGAACUUGAAGCAUUCGCCGGGAAUUAUCCAAAGAACCUUAAAAUAUGGUAUAUGCUGGAACAACCUCCACCGAAAUGGGCCUAUGGCAAGGGAUACGUUACAAAAGAGCUCAUGGCUUCAAAACUACCUAAGCCAUCUCCCGACACAAAGGUUAUGAUAUGUGGGCCACCAGGCAUGGUAAAUGCUUCUAAGAAGUCGUUGAUAGCAUUGGGGUUUGAAGCCCCAGGAGCCGUUUCCAAGAUGACGGACCAGAUCUUCUGCUUCUAG